GCAUGUGGCAUGUUCGGCUGCGGGCUGCCGUUGUUCUGGGCAACACCAUUGUCAACGAGCUUGACGAGGACGAGUACUAUCUUCAAGAGAGGGGUUCACAAUUUUUGUUCACUAUUACCAUUCCAUUCCUCCACUAGAUCGCCAGCCGGCGUACCGUCCUUUGAUAAGGCUCUGGGGUAGAAAGAGCGGGCAACGUUCGACCUAGAAGUCGUUGGCCUUGUCAUUCAUUCUCUUUCAUUCAUUCUCACGUCAUUCCGGUGCCCACAGAUGCAGAUAAUGUUGAGGUAGCGACUCUGAGGAGCACGCCGCGCAGCAAUGUCGUUUGCCAGCACGCCUGUGACUCGCACCCUAGUGCUAGGCCUGGUAGGGUCUUCCAUUGCGGCCAGCCUCUUCGACAUCAAGCACUACUUCUACAUCUCGAUCGGCACCCACAUCCUACAGUACCGCCAAACAUGGCGUGUGUUGAUUUGGCAGUUGUGCUACACCAACUCGUCCGAGGUGCUGUUUGCCGCCAUGACCCUGUAUAACCUGAGGGUGGUUGAGCAGCAAUGGGGCUCGAGGAAAUACGCUUCGUUCAUCCUCGUCUCGGGACUUCUCACUUCCAUCAUCCCGCCACUUGUUUUGACGGCAACUCUCCGGCCUUUAAGCUGGGGUGUCUUCGACUUCUUGCCUGCCGGACCUACCCCUAUUAUCUUUGCCAUCUUGGCACAGUACCAUGCCAUGAUCCCGCACAUUUACAAGUACAAAGUUGCGCUCAGCACGGGUGCCCCGACCGACAACGCGGCCGACUCCGGGCUGACGUUCUCGGACAAGUCGACCAAGUACCUGAUGGCACUCCAACUGGCACUGUUCCAGUGGCCUGGCUCCGUCCUUGGGGCAGCGGUGGGCUGGAUGGUGGGGCAGGCGUGGCGCAGUGAACUUCUCCCGGGAGCGCUUACGCGCUGGCGCGUGCCGGCGUGGCUUGUGGGAAUGAGGAGUCCGAAGAGCAGUGAGCGGUUCGAAGGGAUGCGGAGGAGACUCGAGAGCGAAGGCGCUUCUACCGGCGCUGCUUCGGGGGCCCAGCAGCAGCCCGGAGGCGAAGGCAACAGGCGCAGGACCAUGGGGCAGCAGCUUCUUGAUGAGGUACGGGGGGCGUUUUGAGAGCCAGGACGCAGACUUACUGGGCUUGUUGGUUCUGUGCGGUUCCUACCUAUCAAACGUUCCAUUCUUGUCCGUUGUGCAUACAUAUAAGCGAGACUGCAUCAAACAUCACUGGGAUACCGUAUCCGGAGAUUCACACUGGAAUUGCAUCUGCUCGUGAAUCUUGCUGGCCAGCUUUCAGCCCGAGUGCUGC